CGUUGCAAAACCAUAUAGAAAAGAAAAGAUGACUCAGGGAAGAGGCUUCAGUGCAAUCAUCGUAUCGUUGUGUGUGUUCCUCCUUCUGUCUGAUAUGGCUCAUGCAACAACUUAUGUUGUUGGUGAUGACAAGGGUUGGGCCUUUAACACAAGCAAUUGGCCAGGUGGAAAGAGAUUUAAGGCUGGUGAUGUACUAGUAUUUAAUUAUGAUCCUUCGAAUCACGAUGUGACGAAAGUUGAUGUGAAUGGAUAUCAGUCAUGCGAUUCUUCAAAAGCAUCAGAAAAGCAUCGUUCAGGGCAUGAUCAGAUCACACUUAGCUCAGGAACAACCUAUUUCAUCUGCUCUAUUCCUGGUCACUGCCAGCAAGGGAUGAAAAUUGCGAUUCAUGCUUCAUGAAUUAAGCUUAGUUCAUAGCCACCUAUGUCUUUUUUUUCUUCAUUCUUUUCUAGGAUUCUAUGUAUCAUCCAUUUUGGUUGAACAUAUGU